AAAUCCACAAAUUCCCAAAAACUCAAACAAAAUUCAGCUAAAUUCUUCCCGGCAUUUUCCUCCCCAAAAUUUCCCUACUUUAAUCUUCCCUUCUCCCCCUCUUCUUCCUCAUCCCAUUCACACAUACAAAAAACCCGCACCUUCUGGUACGACUAUCUUGUUACGACUUCACUCCGGUCACAAAAUCAAUGGGUGGCAAACUUCAGUUCUUACCUCCAGCCAAAAGAUUCAUGUUGAUGCAACAACAACAAUAUCAUCGCAAUGAUAACGAAAACUUGUCAAUUUCGUCAUCAAAUCUCCCUGCUAAGAAGCGAAAAUUUUCACCAGAAUCUGUUACUACUCUUUGCUUACCUGCGAAAAAGCGCGUUUGUGCUUUUCCUUUUCAUCCAUUUGAUCUCAACGAGGAGUAUAAUCCAAUCAAGGAGGAAAAAUUACUUGACGAUAAUGAACAAACUGAUGUAGCUGAUGAUGAUGAUGAUGAUGGGAUUGUCUGUGCUAUUUGUAACAGCACAGACGGAGAACCAUCAGAUCCAAUCGUCUUAUGUGACGGUUGUGAUUUAAUGGUUCAUACAUCUUGCUACGGUCAUCCAUUAGCAAACGAAAUCCCAGAAGGCGAUUGGUUUUGCUCCGUCUGUUCAACAGAGACCGCAAAGUCUUGUUGUCUUUGUCCUGAAUCAGGCGGAGCGAUGAAAUCAACGGUGAAUGAUGAAUGGGCACAUAUUGUUUGUUCACUCUUCGUGCCUGAAGUGUUCUUCGUUGAUCCAGAAGGCCGCGAAGGUGUUGAUUUAAGCAAAGUUCCUAAAAGGAGAUGGGAAACAAAGUGUUACAUUUGUAAAUCAAAGAAUGGAUGUGCUAUUGAUUGUUCUGAACCCAAAUGUCCUUUGUCUUUCCAUGUUACUUGUGGGUUGAAAGAUGAACUUUGUAUUGAGUAUACUGAAGGAAGGAGAAAUGGUGGUGUGGUUGCUGGAUUUUGCAGUAGGCAUACUGAACUAUGGAAAAAGCAACAACAAACUGGGAAGUUCAAGAUUGUGCCAAGAGAGGAAAUUGACAAAUAGAUAAACAUCUAUUAUUAUGACUCAGCAGGGUUUCAAAUAUACAAGGGCAACAUCAAAAUUCAAUAAUUUUCACUUUCUCAUGGCCAAACAGCCUCGUUGUAAUGAGUAUAUUAGUUUAGUUAGUAGUUGAUGGAUAAUAGUAGUACUCGCUGAUUAUUAAAUCUUGUACUAUUAUUAUUAUUAUUGUUAUCUUUCUUCGUAGUUAUCAUGAUUUGAAAUCUUACUAA